CGUACCCCAAUGGAGAUAACAUGACUAUUUCUUAUAUUACUUUAUACAAGGGAUAUUGACUUAUUAUAAUACUUAUAGAUAGGUCAUAAGGUGGGUCAAGUGUGUAAUUUUCAGACCACGACAAAGUAGAAACUGUAAAAGCCGAUCUGAGGAUGGAUGGUACUCGAAAGAAAGAUGUUUAAGGCGGUUCUAUUGGGAGAAGCCGGUGUUGGCAAAUCCUCCAUAUUCUUACGACUUAAAGAAAAUGUCUUUGGGGAAUUUCUUCAACCAACUUUGGGGAUAGAGAGUUGUUCAAAGGUUGUCAAGAUUGACGGUCAAAAUAUAACAUUUUGCAUCUGGGAUACAGCAGGAGCAGAAAGAUUUAAAACCAUCACCCGGAAUUACUACCGAAACACGCACGCUGUGUUCUUAGUCUUCAGCUGUGACGACCCGGCAUCUCUCCACUACCUGUCUCAGUGGGCAGAGGACUGUACAAACCAUGCACCAAAAGCAUUGAAGUUUCUUAUUGGAAAUAAAUCUGAUUUGGAAAGAUUAAUUCCUGUUGAAAGUGUAGAUAAUUUCGCCACAGCGUUUGACUGUGAAAACACCUACUUCAUAAGCGCUAAAACAGGUUCUGGAAUUGAAGAAAGCUUCCAAAGAAUUGGUGAAAGACUCAUGGAUGUUUUCAAUACUCCACUUGUAAUUGAAUCUCAGUAUAAUGAAACUGUUGAAAUCACCAAAUUCAAAGCCCAUAAGAGUGGAUGCUGUCGGUGACCAUGUUUAUUUGACAUACAUCAUAUAGCUUCACAUUGAACGGAGGAUUACGUUUACUGGGGAUGCAAGCAUUUUUUCUUCUUUUCAAAUAAACUGAACUCAAAACUUCUCUUUGUAUAUCUGUAGGACUCCAAAGUGCGAUGGGACUCCAAAGAUCGAUGGUCACGCCAAAGUCCGAUGGUCUGCGCCAAACUCCGAUGGUUCGACACGCCAAAAUUUGAUGGUGAGGAAAACAACGUUUAUGCCGUCAUAGUACCACUGCGCAAAACCUCAAUGCAGCACCAUGCCAAGGUCUUAAAAAUAAGUAUAAAUAAAUGCAAAAACUAGCCCUUACUUCUCAGAUAGGUGCGAGAUUAACCCUAAACGCUCGAAAAGUGUGCAUUAACAAUAACCUAGAUAUCUUGGGUGGGUGCAAGACUAACCCUAAUCACUCGACUAUAGUGUGCGAGGACUAACUCUAAAUCUCUCGGGUUGUGCAAUACAAUGACUUAACUUAAUCAAUCGAGUGUUGUGCUAGGACUAACCCUAAUAUCCCUCGAAAUUGCAAGCAAUAAGCAAAAUCAAUAAAAUUGAAUUCGAUGACGAAUUCAGAAAUGAUGGCUUUUGAAUGCAGAACAACGGCGUCAAGGAUUGACGUCGGAUUAUUGUGACGUCAUAAACGUUGAUUGUUCAUCCGCACCAUCAGAUUUUGGCGU